AUGAAUUAUCUGGAAUUUCUUCACAAGUUCGUCCAUGCACAUUCGGAGAACUUUUUGCAAAGUUUUUACGCUGUCGUAGAAAGUUCACAGAUAGAAUGUCUUGAAUGUCCAAUUGAAAAAACCAACACGGAUAAUUUUCUUAUCAAAAUAUACAUAAACAAUAUUAUACAUAAUAUCAGAACAUUUUUAUUAACUUGCCUAAGUGGAUCAGUUGGGAAUAUACUUCAUAAUACAGAAAUAGAUAAGCAGGAAAUUUGUUGUUACCUUGAGGAUGAUGACAAUGUGGUUAUAUAUGACGUAGAAAAGGAAGAGAGUGAAGAAGUUGUUAAAAAUGAUAAAAACCUCUUUAACGAGUUUUUUAACGAAAAAGACGAUUUUUUAAACAAGUGUAUGAAUGUUCAUAACAUUCGAAAAAGUUUGCAGAAUGCCCAUGUAAAAACAAAUGACACGUUCGGUUUGAAUGACGACAUUUUAAGGUAUUACAUAUGGUAA